GUCCCCCCCCCCGCCCCUUUCCCCAGCUCUCUACUCUCCGACGACUCCUUCCCGCUGGUUGUGAGAGAGCGGCUGCAGCUGGAGGCCUUGGCCUCUAGCCGCGCCGUCCCGAGAGGCACUUCCGGCGGCGUUUCACUUCCUGGUUGGAUGGAUGGAGCCGGGCGGGAGCGCGCACGGGGGAGGGGUGGCGGGUCAGUCUCCGCCGGGCGCUCCGGGGAUCAGCUGGCGGGCGGGCGCCGAACGCUGCCCCGGCUCUAGCUGCAGCGCCGCCUCCUCACAGCUUCGCAGGCCGGCCCGGCGGCCGUGACAAUGUUGCGGGGCUGGUAGCUGGGCGCCGGCCCGCCGAGCCAUCUCAAGUUUAAACUUACACGAAUCGCUCUGUUGAGGAGGAGGGGACCGCCGCGCGAUUGACACGCAUAUUCCUAUAGGCAUCCUCCCCCAGCCCCCACCCCCACGGCCGGAUUCGGGUGGCUCCUCUCCGAGCUGAAAUCCGAGAAGAAAUCCUUGGAUCUCUUGUUUUCUUAAAAAAAAAAAAAAAAAAAAAAAAAUCAAAAAAAAAAUCUAGAAACCGUCGGUAUUUUGCUUUACUGCUUCCUUUCCGCAAGAUGAAGAAGUUUUUCGACUCCAGGCGAGAGCAGGGAGGCUCUGGCCUGGGCUCCGGCUCCAGCGGAGGAGGGGGCAGCACCUCGGGCCUGGGCAGUGGCUACAUCGGAAGGGUCUUUGGCAUUGGGCGACAGCAGGUUACUGUGGACGAGGUGUUGGCGGAAGGUGGAUUUGCUAUCGUGUUUCUGGUGAGGACAAGCAAUGGAAUGAAAUGUGCCUUGAAACGCAUGUUUGUCAACAAUGAGCAUGAUCUCCAGGUGUGCAAGAGAGAAAUCCAGAUAAUGAGGGACCUGUCUGGGCACAAGAACAUCGUGGGUUACAUUGAUUCCAGUAUCAACAACGUGAGUAGCGGUGACGUGUGGGAAGUGCUCAUUCUGAUGGACUUCUGCAGGGGAGGCCAGGUGGUCAACCUAAUGAACCAGCGCCUGCAAACAGGUUUUACAGAGAGUGAAGUGCUCCAGAUAUUUUGUGACACCUGUGAAGCUGUUGCCCGCCUGCAUCAGUGCAAAACUCCGAUUAUCCACCGCGAUCUGAAGGUUGAAAAUAUUCUGUUGCAUGACCGAGGCCACUACGUCCUGUGUGACUUUGGAAGUGCUACCAACAAAUUCCAGAAUCCCCAAACUGAAGGAGUCAAUGCAGUAGAAGAUGAGAUUAAGAAAUACACAACGCUGUCCUAUCGAGCACCAGAAAUGGUCAACCUGUACAGUGGCAAAAUCAUCACUACGAAGGCAGACAUUUGGGCUCUUGGAUGUUUGUUGUAUAAGUUAUGCUACUUCACUUUGCCAUUUGGGGAGAGUCAAGUGGCAAUUUGUGACGGAAACUUCACAAUUCCUGACAACUCUCGGUAUUCCCAAGACAUGCACUGCCUAAUUAGGUAUAUGUUGGAACCAGACCCUGACAAAAGGCCAGAUAUUUACCAGGUCUCCUUCUUCUCAUUUAAACUACUCAAGAAAGAAUGCCCAGUUCCAAAUGUACAGAACUCUCCCAUUCCUGCAAAGCUUCCUGAACCAGUGAAAGCCAGCGAGGCAGCUGCAAAAAAGACCCAGCCAAAGGCCAGACUGACAGAUCCCAUUCCCACCACAGAGACUUCAAUUGCACCCCGCCAGAGGCCUAAAGCUGGGCAAACUCAGCCCAACCCAGGAAUUCUUCCCAUCCAGCCAGCCCUGACCCCUCGAAAGAGGGCCAUGGUUCAACCCCCACCUCAGGUCGCAGGAUCCAGCAAUCAGCCUGGCCUUUUAGCCAGCGUUCCUCAACCAAAAACCCAGGCUCCCCCCAGCCAACCCCUACCGCAAUCUCAGGCCAAGCAGCCCCAGGCUCCACCCGCCCCACAGCAGCCACCUUCUGCUCCAGCCCAGGGUCUGCCUGCGCAGGCCCAGGCCACACCCCAGCACCAGCAGCAGCUCUUCCUCAAGCAGCAGCCGCAGCCUCCCCAGCCGCAGCCACAGGCGCAGGCACCACCAGCUGCACAGCAGCCUUCAGGCACAUUCUAUCAGCAGCAGCAGCAGCAGCAACAGCAGCAGGCUCAGGCUCAGCAGUUUCAGGCUGUACACCCAGCAGCCCAACAGCCAGCAAUCGCUCAAUUCCCUGCGGUAUCCCAAGGAAGCUCUCAACAGCAGCUGAUACAGAACUUCUACCAGCAGCAGCAGCAGCAGCAGCAGCAGCAGCAGCUGGCUACAACCCUGCAUCAACAACAGCUGCUGACUCAGCAGGCUGCCUUGCAGCAGAAGACCACGGUGGCAGCCAUACAGCCACCCCAGGCACAGCCGGCCACAGCCUCCCAGCCACCCCCUGCCCAAGAGCCAGCGCAGAUUCAGGCCCCGGUAAGACAACAGCCAAAGGUUCAGACAACGCCACCUCCUGCCAUCCAGGGGCAGAAACUCGGAUCUCUCACUCCUCCAUCCUCGCCCAAGGCCCAGCGUGCUGGGCACAGGCGGAUUCUCAGUGACGUGACCCACAGUGCGGUCUUCGGGGUCCCUGCCAGCAAAUCAACCCAGCUGCUCCAGGCAGCUGCAGCUGAGGCCAGUCUCAAUAAGUCCAAGGGUGGGAACCUACCUAGGUCUGCAACCACCACUCCUUCAGGCUCCCCUCGGGCCUCCCAGCAAAACGUUUAUAAUCCUUCAGAAGGUUCUACGUGGAACCCCUUUGACGACGACAAUUUCUCCAAACUCACAGCUGAAGAACUGCUAAACAAGGACUUUGCCAAGCUGGGGGAAGGCAAACAUCCUGAGAAGCUUGGUGGCUCAGCCGAGAGUUUGAUUCCAGGCUUUCAACCAACCCAGGGUGAUGCUUUUGCUGCUUCCUCAUUUGCUGCUGGAACUGCUGAAAAAAGGAAGGGUGGGCAGGCUGUGGAUUCUAGCCUUCCUCUUCUAAGUGUAUCUGAUCCUUUCAUUCCUCUUCAAGUACCUGAUGCACCAGAAAAACUAAUUGAAGGACUCAAAUCUCCUGACACUUCUCUUCUGCUCCCUGACCUCUUGCCUAUGACAGACCCUUUUGGUAGCACUUCUGACGCUGUAAUUGAAAAAGCUGAUGUCGCUGUUGAGAGUCUCAUACCAGGACUGGAGCCCCCGGUGCCCCAGCGCCUCCCAUCUCAGACGGAAUCCGUGGCCUCCAACCGCACAGAUUCUCUCACCGGGGAAGAUGCCCUGAUUGAUUGCUCUCUGCUUUCUAACCCUACUACUGACCUUCUGGAAGAAUUUGCCCCCAUAGCGAUCUCUGCUCCGGCCCAUAAAGCUGCAGAAGAUAGUAAUCUCAUCUCAGGUUUUGAUGUCCCUGAGGGCUCGGACAAGGUGGCAGAAGAUGAGUUUGACCCUAUUCCUGUAUUGAUAACCAAAAACCCACAAGGUAAGAAAGAGAAGAUGGGGAAAAGCAAAGAGCUUGACAUCAGCUCUCUUCAAAAUAGUACUGUACCUAAUCAGCAAGGGGGAAAAAGGAAAUUGGAGUGAUGACAGUCAUUGCGGACUGGACCAGUUUAGAUAAAUGGAGAUACAGAUAAAGGUAGUGAUACAGGUAUCUUAAAGCAUGAGCAGGGUGUUUAUUUAGAGAGAAGAAAAGUAUUUAAUAGUUUGAUUAAAAGCUGGUUUUUACAAAGUAUCAAGCUAAAAAUAAAAUGAUCUUCAGUCAAUGGAAACCUGAAGAUAUAUAACCAAAAAAAAAAUUUUUUUUAAAAAGCUGAACAUUUUUUAUCAUGAUUAGAACAGUCUGUAAUAAAUAUUCUUUCCAAAGAGAUUAACAGUGGUGCUUUGAUAUCAUUUGCAUCUUUUAGACAUUUAUGGAGCAUCCUUUUUCCUCUUUGAUGGAUUAAAAUCAUUUGAACAUGCCAUAAGACACUAAAUUGCUGUAGGACUAUCUGUAUACUUUUAAAGCAUGUCUUUACUGCAGUAGUCUUAAGAACUAAUUCUUCCCCAAAGCAAAAAUGACUGAUUUUUACUUUACUGGGGAGAUACGUUGAUGUUAUCAGGAAGUUAAUGCACAGCCAGCAGUUCUCAGGUAAAAUAGAUACUCAUUUGGAAAUAGCGUCUUCUCUGCAAGGUCUCCUGCCUAAAGUAUGGUGUGUGCACACUGCCUGAACUUUUGCUGGGAGGUCGUGGACAGCUAAUUUACAUGUUUAAAAAUUAACAUGUAAGAGAUUGCAAAAUGUAAAUUGUUACUUCUCUAGGCUUUGUUUUUUUCUCCUUUGCUUGUUCUGCACAUCUAAACCUUAACCCUCUGUGUUUUGUACUGAAUUCCUAUCUCUCCACUUCCAGGUGGGCACUCUAGAAACAGCAGUGGGAGCUCUGAGUCCAGUCUUCCCAACCUAGCCAGGUCUUUACUGCUGGUGGAUCAGCUCAUAGACCUGUAGCCGUGACCCAGUAGCAGAUGCAGUUCUGUAACCUUCAUACCGUAAUAUACAUUUUCAUUACGGAGUUAUAAGAAAAUGAUUUUUUUAAAAAAUCUGCAAAUAAGGGGCCCUCUAGCCCUAAUCUCCUCCCCCUUGCCUUCUCCCGUAGAAAUGAUAAGGAAAGAAAAUCACUUCGGCCCUCCAGAUAUUCCUUGGCCAGUUCCUCCCUGUUAGUUUGCUGUGUUUUCUCAUUACCCUUCUUCAAUAGCAUUAUCUUAAAUCAAACGCUAGAUGCCAUGAGCUUCACCUCCGCUGGAAUCGACUCCACCAAAAGCUUAACUGUAACAGAAACUAGUGAAUUGACACCUUUGUCUCAUUCUUGCUAGGAAUGGCCUCCCAAAUCAAUGCUCCAACCCCUGUCUCCUUUGGCCAGAUGCUGAUGAAUGUGUUUCUCUGUUUUUGUUUUUUAUCCUGCUGCAUUAUCAUGAGGACAUGGCUUCUUCGGUUGAUCUUAACUCUAGGCAAAACCUGGAGAUGGGUGUAUGGUUUAAGAGAGGGUGAAACUGACUGAUGGGAUAUGUUUGAAAAGAGAAAUUGAGCCCAGCUCUAGCCAACCAACUUUGACCUUGUCUGAUCAUAGACUUAGCCAAGGGAUUUUACACCCCAUGCAACCUGCCCAGCAUUCGUCCAGCAUUCUGGCUUCCAUUGAAUCGUGAUUUCUCAAUCUGGAGACGUGACUGCAAGUACCUGAGAUCCUUGGAUAAAAUGUGUACAUUAUGUAAAGCCCAAGUAUUGCCAUUCCUUUUCAUGUUAACUGUCCCAACCCGGGAUCUCAGAAUUAGACCAAAACAAGACAAUGGUGGUAAUAUGAUACCUUUUAUUAGAAGACUUUUCACUGGGGGGCGGGGAGGGGGGGUGGAUGGGGGAGGGGAAGGAAUUGUAGCAGAAACAGAUGUAUUUUUCUUGUGAUUUUUAUUUUGAAUCAAAUAUUGUAAAUUGUGUAUAAAUGAAGAUGCUGAAUAGUUCUGUUUCCACAUGGCGUAUCGAGUCCGAUAUCAGGUGUCUGUACAGGGUUUUGAUCUCUUUCCCUUGUAUAACUAACUACUACACAGCAAUCUUACAGUGUAACAUAUGGAAUCAUUUUGAGUAGACUUGUGCGUUGCUCUGAGCUUUCAGCAGGUCCUCUGUCUUUGUAGAAUAAGCAUGUUGUUUAUUUUCCAAUAAUCAGAAAUAAGUAUGCUGACGAGCUAGGCAAAAUUUGACUCUGGCUACUUACCUUUCUUUCUCUCUGAUGUUUGAAUUGAAGGAUGCAGCCAAUGAAAUAUGUUCAGUUGGUUUUCCUUGGCUUCCUAGAUGAACAAAACAAAACAAAGCAUAGUUUCUCACUAACCUUAGAAUAUUGUUCAUAAAAUUAAUAAAGGCCCCUGCACUGACAUGACGACAUGCCUCAUGGUCACCCUCUGUAUAUGUCCUUACUCACCGAAGUAUAUUUUUUUUCCUUAUAUGCAAAGCAGUUUUAUAAAAAUCAUCCUUUUGAAAAGGGAUGGGCACAGAGCACCCCAUUCGGUUUUCUUCCGUGGUCACAAGGGAAACACUUAGUUGAUCGGAUCUGUACCAAUAAAAUUCCAAGUCCAUUUGCUUGUUUCCCUAUCUAGAAUUCUUAUUUCUUCUUCCAAACAUUUGCACUUUAAGGUGGGGGGGAGAGCUAAACAGCCACAACAGCCUGCAAAAAAAAAACACUGUACUUCGGAGGUCAAGCUCUGACCCCAGCCGUGAGAGAGCAGCCUUUGAAAGGUAUCAGAAGAAAAAUCUGAACCUUUCAGUCUUCCUUCUGACUUUAAGUACUUCCAUGCCAGCCAAAACUAGAUGUGCUAAGGAAAAGCCUCCCUUAGGAUAAUGGAUCAUUUCCAAAAUUGAGGAAGGCACAACCUUCAGGCUGAGGAUGCCAAAAAGAUAUCCUUGAAGAGCUCUCCGCUACUGGAUAGCAGUGAAAGUGGGACUUGGUUUGCCCCUUUAUGGACAGGAGUAUCACUGAAGAUCAAAAUCGUAUUCUUUUCCCCAGACAGAGAAAGAGUAUAUAAACUAAUGGAGAUGUUUAUUUUUAAGUAAGAGUAAUGUGUUAUGCCUGUGUUUUCCAGUUUGAUUUUUUUCAUACGUGUAUGUUAGAAAUAUAAUGAAAUAUCUAGUUUCUCAAUUGAAUAGAAACCAUGAAGAGUACAGUUUAGAAAUUAGUGUCUCUAAAUUGUUCCUUUCAUGUGUUACCUGUAAUCCCAUUGAGAUAUAUGAUCUAGUCAUCUGGCUCAAUAAAGUUAACUGGAGAAUGUUAAUGAAAAUGAACAGACUAGAAACCAGAGAGACUGGGUGGAGGAGGCCUGAGGAAGAUGAUGACAUGAAAUUAUCUUGAGUUUCUUCUUGAGGAGUAGAGCUUCCAAGGAGAGAAACUCUUUUUCUGUUAAGGAAUUCAUGUGAGUGCUUGGCAAACAGGGCCUCCCUCAGUUUGUAGCAUCAUCCCGGAUCUGAACAGCUUUAUUUGAGGUGGGUGCAGUGUGCCGAUAAUUGACAGACCUUUGAAUCUAUAGACUGAGCUGCAAGUGGGACCUUCAGGGUCAUUCUAGUCCAUCCACUUCAUUUCCUAGAUGUGAGACCUGAAGCUGGUAGUGGAGAAGAGGGCUGGGCAGGACAGGCCACCUGGGAGCUCAUCCUGACCUUGACUCAUGGGCGGCCAAGUGGCCUUCAGCGAGGGCUUCACUUCUGAGAGCUACUGUCUCUUGGUUACGGUGAUGUAUUUGGACCUAGAUGGUUUUUAAAACUAUACAAUUCCAGGGUUCUGAGCAUACAUUAUUAUUCUUUGGGGGGACUAUGAAGGAUUUGUAUAAUCUUGAUGUUCUUCAGUUAUCUUCUGCAGCUCUUAAUUGUAGCAGUACUUACACUGUAGAGAAUUACACUGGGCUUUCGCUAACCUGGGUUGCUCUGUCUUGGUUAUCUGAAUAGACACGUAAGUCAUCACAGAGUUUCAGACAUAGGUUUUCUUUGUUGUACUAUUACACACGCGUAUCUACCUAUUCCAGCAAAACAGUAUCAGAAGAUUUUAAUUCUCUUAAACUGUAAAAUCAAUGAUCUGCCAUAUAAAAAAUCAACAAAUACUCUAAGCAUAUGUUUCUGAUUUGCUUUUAUUUUUUUGCUUUUUAGGACCACACCCAUGGCAUAUGGAGCUUCCCAGGCUAGGGGUCUAAUUGGAGCUACAGCUGCGGGCCACAGCCACAACCAUAGCCACAGCCACAGCAAUGCCAGAUCCGAGCCGCGUCUUUGACCUACACCACUGCUCACAGCAAUGCCGGAUCCUUAACCCAGGGAUCGAAUCCACGACCUCAUGGUUCCUAGUCGGAUUCAUUUCCACUGAGCCACGACAGGAACUCCCCUGAUUUGCUUUUAUUCUGACUCUGUGAACUUAGUAACUAUAGCAGAAAACAUCACAAAUUGGGUUGUUUUUUUUUUUUUUCUCUUUCCAGCAUUCAAAUAACUAGAUCACCAAAUUCAAGUCCCAGUGUUUUUAAAAACACAAGCCUCAGAGGAGAUAAGAUUUAAAUGGACACUUCUAAAUAUGAUUAUAAUGAAUGAUUUCUUUAGCAGACAUAUUAGAAUUUUGACAUCUAAUUGAAUGUUGUUUCUUUCAAGGGCAUCUGGUUUUACUUGGGAAACUAAUACUUAACUCCUCUCCUUAGAAAUACUAUCAUAGAAGGUAAUGUAACUGAAGAAAAUCAGUUGUGUUAUUAUCUAAUGAAUAUCGCUUUCAGUAUCUGAAAGUAUGCUCUUUUUCUUGGUCUUUUUCUCCCACUCUUGAUUCUGAGUAACAUUUGGAUAUUUCCCAAAAUCAAAAUCAUUCCCCUAAGCCGAAGAGUGGUUACUUUUGAAGAUCAUAAGAAGAAGAAUCCACUGAAAAUUCCCAUAGAGGACCUUAUAAUGGACAUGUGACAACAGUCAGUCUUCAUGUCCUUAAUAUUCUGAAUGAGGGAACUUGUGUGAUUUUGCCUGUCUUUAGUAUGGUUUAGAACAUUGAAAUACACGAGUUUGCAAAUACCUCUGAAAGAGGUUGUCCCUUUGUUCAAUGCAAUGGAUGUUGGACUUGCCUCUUCCUGAAUUACAGUUAUAGAAUUUGGAUUGCCAAUCAUUAGAGGGGAACAGACCCAGGGAAAGAAUCUGUUUUUCUCAAGACGAAAUAUUAGUCUUGUUUCUAAUCCUUUUGUUCCUGCUCUCCUGACAGAUAAGUGGUUCAAACCAAUACAGUCUCUCCCCCUCCCCCAGGUCAGGAACAGUCCUGGCUCAGCCCUGAGGUGUGGAGGCGUAUGAGUUCAGUGGAGCAGAUGCACGCUCCAGAUACCUUGGGCCAAAAUAAAGUCUCCCGUGCUGAUGUAUGUCUACAGUUCCAGGAGGCUUUAACUUUCCCUGUCCGUAAGAUUCAGGAUUCUGUAGCCAUGAACUUAGAGUUUGGGGGUAAAAAUGACAGGAUUGCCCCAAGUACUGAAUUAAUUAAGCAAAUUCGAUGCUGCCAGGCAGAACAGAGAAACUAUUAGAUGGAUAUUUAAAAUGCUAUCUUUACUGACACACUCCAGAUAUUACAAAGCUAUCUUUUAUUCCUCUCAAGAGGCUGUAAUUUUACCAACACCAAGUUAGCCUCUUCCUUUUCCCCACUUUUAAAUUAAGUGUCUGAAGUUGGAUGUGCUUGGGUUUCCUGAGGCAGAAUGAAUCCCAGAUGGCUUCCAUUUCAAAUCAUCGGUAACAAGAUACUGUUUUGUUUCCCCUGGGUUUCCUUUCACUGUGAUGGCGGUGUGGGGGGGGGGGGGGCAUUCUUUGGAUAAUGCUGACCUAUGCAGAAUUACCAAAUGGUGGUCGUUGCUAGAAAGGAAGAUAUUUUCUUGGUUCCCACUGUGAUGUAGUGUCCUCGGUGUACUCUCUCUCCCUGUGAGUAUUCCCCCCACCCCCUUGCACACCCCCUCGUCCCACAGACCUCUGUCCUGUCCUCCCCGGGAAGACAAAGCAAACAGAGGUACAUGAAGCUCUCUUAUACAGCAAAGGUGUGAAAUUUGAACAUUGCUACACAACUAUUAUAUAAAAAACAAGUCUGUAAACAGACUUCUUAUGUAAACAUACAGGAAAAUAAAGACUUUUAUCUGUUCAAAUGGGAGCAUGAUGUUCAGAGCUGUAAAUAACUUAAUACAAUAGCUGCUCUCUUCCUCAUCGGAAAACCCACUUUUGCAAAAAAAAAAAAAAAAAAA